AUGGCCGCCUCAGUCGUCCUCGAACAUCUACCAAAAGAUGCCCAUGAAGCCCUGGAGACAGCAGGAGAGCUCGAGYAAGCCAAAGUCACCAUCAGGCUCUCGCCGUUGCCCAAUACACCACAGUUAAAACAACCGCGGUUCAAAUGUUCGAGCAAUCAGCGUUUCGAGUACAUUGUUCGGUUUCUGCGGCGGAAGCUGGGUCUCAAAGACCACGAGUCUGUGUUCUGCUACGUGAAUUCUGUCUUUGCGCCGGGUCUUGAUGAAGGAGUUGGGAAUCUGUGGAGAUGCUUCAAGACGGGAGAAGAGUUGGUGGUGUCGUACAGCGUCACUCAAGCAUUUGGUUGA